AUGCCGGAAAAGCUUCCUAGCAUCCCUGGACGCUCCCCUUCUCAGAGCACCGAGAAUACCGAAUCGAAGAAGCUGCAAGAACAUGAUGGAGGUCAUGCAGCAUGGCUCACGGUUGCGGGCUCCAUCUUAGUUUACUACGCUUCCUUCGGAGUUAUGAACAGCUUUGGCUUCUUCCAGAACUACUAUAGUAGUGACUUCUUGAAACAGACGCCGCCAUCGACUAUAGCGUUUAUCGGGACGCUCCAAAUGGCACUCAUGAAUUUGCUGGCUGCUCUUUCUGGCGCUCUUUGUGAUCGGUAUGGUGUUAGGUACCUCUAUCUUGGCUCAGGCACUGGUACUGCACUGGCUCUUGUCAUGCUGUCGUCCAUACAUCGUGGCCAAUUCUGGCUGGUUCUCAUGACACAAGGUUUGCUCAUGGGUCUUACUAUAGCAUUCGGUGUACAGCCAGCACUCACAGUCGUGGGCCAGCACUUCAAAGAGCGGCGCGCUUUGGCGAUGGGGCUUGUAUCAACAGGGUCAGCACUUGGCGGCAUCGGCUUCCCGCUAAUGUUCGAGCAACUCCUACCGAAAGUGGGCUUUUCAAAUUCGUUACGCCUAGCUGCUGUCAAGAUUGCUGUUUGCUACUUCAUCGCUUUGUGUACCUCCACAAGCAAGCCUAGCGGUAAGCCCGAUCGCAAAGAUUUCGCGUCGCUUAUCGAUUUCAGAGGAUUCCUUGACAGGAGCUAUGCGGUACUAUGCAUCGGCACGUGGUUUGCUAUUCUCGGCCUUUGGAUUCCCGCAUACUACCUUAAAUCAUAUGCCAACGCCGUAUAUGCUGGAAACACUGUUAGCAAAUACUUUUUGUGCAUGUUAAACGGCUCCAGCAUCGUCGGCGCAACCUUUGGCGGGUUCCUAGGAGAUUGUAUCGGCCGAUUGAACCUACUAUGGCCCAUUACCUUUGUCUCUGGUUGCCUGUGUCUCUUUCUCUGGCUACUCAGCACUUCCAUGGCGACCCUCAUAUUCUUCGUUUGCGUAUACGGCUUCUGCACUAGUAGUGUGACUGCUCUUCCGCCCUCGGUAAUUGGCCAGAUCACAUCUGACGAUAAACUCGGAGCCCGCAUCGGUGCUUUCUAUAGCGUGAUAGCUAUUGCAAGUCUCAUUGGUACGCCUAUUGGUGGUUCCCUCAUUACGGACGACAAGGCAAAGGAUGGAUACCGAUGGCUGAUCUCGUUCUCAGGAGCUUCGCUCAUCACAGGAUCAAUCUUCAUGCUCGUCAGCCGCCGAUUGCUUGACAAAGACCUCGGGAAAAAAUGGUAG